GAGCUCCGCCCCUCUCAGGUUGAGUUACCUGCAGACUCACCUAUCACUCACCUGCUGCGGCGUCGCCUCCUCUGAGAACCGGGCUGCAAACGUCUGCACUCUGUGUUGGGACGCCAACUAGUCUGUGGGCUGCUUUACAGUGUUGCAAUCCAACGGCUGUGUACCUGACACCAGGUGGGUUCACACACGAUCGAUAAACUCCUGAGGAAUUUAUUCGUUGAUCGGCUGCAGGCUGUGAUGUCAGCCUGAUGCUGCAGGCGCCGACUCCCCUGAGUAGUCACACUGAGUAUCCUGUCCGGACAACACCACAGUGAGUUCAUGUGGAUGCCUUAAAUCAUGAGUGUCCCGGUACCUGAGUCGAGGCAAGCCAAUGGAGUGGCCAGAUCGGACAGCAAAAUCAGCGCCAAGGCCCUCUACGAACAGAGGAAAAAAUACUCCAACUCCAAUUAUAUUAUGCACGAGACAUCUCAGUAUCAUGUUGAGCAUCUCUCCACAUUCAUUAUGGACAAGAGAGAGUCCAUUGUCACAGUGGACGACGCCGUAAAGAAACUGGUCCUUCUGGAUUCAAAGGACAAAAUAUGGACGCAGGAGAUGCUCCUCCAGGUCACCGACAAGGCGGUCAGGCUGCUCGACUGUGACACACAGGAGGAGCUGGAGAACUUUCCUCUCCCCACCAUCCUCAUGUGUCAGACGGUGCUGAAUCAGACACGUUACCCCUCUGUGCUGCUGCUCGUGUGUCAGGACAACGAGCAGCACAAUCCCGACAUCCACUUCUUCCACUGUGACGAGGUGGAGGCGGAGAUGGUUCAUGCAGAUGUGGACAGUGCCAUCGGGGACAACAAGCACGGAAGGAAAAUGAGGCUUCAGACUCUGAAGGUGAAUCAGGAGAAAAUGAAGCGUCACAGAGAAACCAUUCUCCCCCCCUCGGCCCCAAAGGGCCCCUCAUCUGCACCGAAGGGACGAGCGGCUGCCCCAAAGACACAGGACAGAAGAGCCUCCAGUCAAAAUGACACAGAGUCACACGAAAAACUGGCCCAGCGCAUUGAGACGGAUGUGAAAAUCCUGAACUGUGCCCUGGACGACAUAGAAAUCUUUGUGGCACGGCUGCAAAAGGCAGCAGAGGCCUUUUCCCAGCUCAACCAUCGCAACAAGAGUAAGAAGAAUAAGAAGAAAGGACCAGCAGAGGGCAUGCUGACCCUACGAGCCAAGCCCCCCUCUGAAGCAGAGUUCAUCGAUAGCCUGCAGAAACUGAAGCUGGCCUUGAACCUCUUGGCCAAACUGAAGAAACACAUACAGAAUCCGAGCGCGUCUGAGCUGGUUCAUUUCCUCUUUGGCCCCUUGGAGCUGGUGCUGCAGAGCUGUGGGAGUCCUGAACUGGUACGUUCAGUCAUUUCUCCUCACCUUUCCAAAGAUACUGUUGACUUCCUGCGAGGACACCUCAUUCCCAAAGAGAUGACUAUCUUUGAGCUGCUGGGGGAUGGCUGGACCAAACCCAGAGCAGAGUGGCCCAGGGAUCAGUGUGCUCCUGUUUAUUACCCAAAGUUCCGCAACAGCUGGGAGCCGCCGGCAGAGCACUUCAGGACGGCCCCAUGGGAAACAGAGGGACCCACAGGGCCACUUGGGUCCCCCACCAGCCCUAACUACAGGAAACACUCCGCAGAGGAUUUUUAUGGAACUCAUUCGUCAGGCUCAUCAAAUGGGUCUUACAAUGGGAAGACCACCACCCGCAAAUAUGCCAAAAUUCGCUACCACUUUGUAGCGCGGAAUGCCAACGAGCUGUCGGUGCUGCAGGAUGAAAUUCUAGAGGUGAUAGAGGAUGACAAACAGUGGUGGAAACUACGUAAUCGCAGCGGCCAGGCCGGCUUCGUCCCGUUCAACAUCCUGGAUGUUGUGAAAAUAGAGGAGCCAGAGGGCAACUACAGCCAGCAGGAUUACAGGACGUCACCUCCUGGUUCUUUGAGCCAUCGAGACAGUUUCAACAAGGGUGUACCCAAAGACAAAAUGAUGGAUGAAGUCAACAAUGAGUUAUUGAAGAUGAUCACAGCAAACAAAAGCCAGCCGGCCCCCAGGAAGUUCCGUGUUGAACGAUCAUCCAGUAGUAGUGUACCGUUCACCUUUGAGUCAGACCCAGAGCAGGUGACCGCAUGGCUCAGCGCAAAAGGAUUCUCAAAACCGACGGUUGAAUGUUUGGGGAUCCUGACUGGAGCCCAACUGUUUUCCCUCAACAAAGAUGAGCUAAAGGCGGUGUGUGGAGACGAAGGUGGUCGUGUCUACUGUCAAGCCACUGUGCAGAAAGAGCAGCUAGAGAAGAGCAGUGGAGACUCGGAGCUUCAAGAGAUCAUGAAGCGGGUACAGAAGAGGAUGGACUCUGGCAGCGCAGACUGAGCCUGUCGACCAGCAUGGUCCAUCCAGAAGCUUCUUCUCCCUCACAACUUUCUAAAUGCAGCAUCUUGCUAAAUCCACCUGCUGUUAAUUAUGACCUACGGUAGAACAUUCUGAAAUGUUGUAUAAAUUUUGAUUGUAUAUUUAUUUUGUAUCUAGCAAUGUGUAUGUAUUCAAUUGUUUUAUCUAAUUAUGUUGCUUUUGUCUUUAUUGUCUCAUUGGAUUUUGCCUUUAAAGAUGUUUAAAAAAUGAUGUACAGUUUGGUGUGUGGGUGUGCAAGUGUAUACGUGCGCAUGUUUAUGCACAAUGUGUAUGUAACGUACAUAUUUGUACAAGCAGUGUAGUUGAUGUUUAUGCUCAUUGCAUUGCAACUGUUAACUGAAUGACAUGGUAAAUGAGUAGAUCUUAGCUAUUGCAUUUCUAAAAUUGUGCCAGAAUGUGUGACACAUCUUCUGAUAUAUAGCCAAUUUCAUUCAAAUAACUGUUUACAGCGAUAGAAAAUAAUAAACCAUAGACUAUAUAGUUCUGGUGGAUACCAGCAACACUGUCCCCAUCCUGGUUGGUAACUGAAAACCAGCAGUCAUUAUUAAUGUCAACAAUCUUGAUGUUUAUAAUCUGGCAUAAUCUCGUUUGCACCAGAGAAACUCAAAAAUCAGGCAUGAAGUCAGUCAGUAAUAAUGAAACACUGUCAUCAAUACGUUUUUUUUGCAUCAUGGUAUUUUGCAGCGUAAACUACUCUGACAGGAAAAUGAAGGCGUACAGACAAAAGAGUAUGUUGCUCUGGUUUUAAUUAAGUAAAGAUUCAAGGGGGUUGUAAAUACUUUGGGACACUGUUUGCAAAAGACAUUAAAAAUAAACCUGGUAAAUAUUUGAUAUCCCA